GCUGCAGUAACACAGGAACACUAUUACAACAGCAGCAGUACCACUAUAAUACCACUACAGCAGCAGCAGCAGCAGUUGGAGUGGAACACUACAGCAGGAUACACAUCAUCCAUCACACACAACUACAGUGAAGGAUUAAACAAUGCAGAAAUUUCUCCUGCUAAAGUGUGAUGAAGAAUUCCAGACAUGACAGCAUAUAUUGGUCUACUGUGUCUUCUACAUUUACUGAUCACCUUUGUACUGUCCAUAGAUAUUACAUACCAUGUCAAGGAAGAAGGCAGACCUCACACCUAUAUAGGAGACAUUGCUGCUGACUCCAACUUAUCACACCCUCUCACACAUCAACAACACACUCCCAUUACAUUUACACAACUACAAAGGACAGUCGAGAGUGGUUCUCACUUAUUUAAUGUCACCAACUCAGGAACACUAUACACUACUCAAACACUGGAUGCUGAGUCUCUGUGUACAUACAACAAGGAAUGUUCCAGAAUAGUUAAAGUAGCAGUGAGGAAAGGAAAAACGUUUAUGAAAAUACUUAAAAUUAAAAUAUUCAUAGAAGAUGUCAAUGACCAUUCACCAAAAUUUCCAAAGAAUGAAAUUCCAAUUCAAUUUUUGGAGAGAGACCUUAAAGGUACUAAAAUUCCUCUUCCAAAUGCCAUUGAUGAAGAUAUUUCAAUAAAGAAUUCUCAAAUUACUUAUAUGAUCAAGAAAAGUAAAAGAGAACCAUUUUCUCUCUCAAUCAAAAAAAGACAUGAUGGUGUCUCCAUACCUGAAUUAAUAUUGGAAGAUAAAUUAGACAGGGAACUCAAAGACAAAUAUAUAUUGACCUUGGAAGCUAAAGAUGGAGGGUACCCUCCCAAAACAGCUACACUCAAGGUACACAUAUCUGUGACAGAUGUCAAUGAUAACACACCUGUAUUUUCACAGAAACUCUACAACAUCUCUAUAAAUAAUUCACAUCAAAGACAUUUACCAAUUCUUACUUUAAAAGCCUCAGAUCAAGAUUCUGGAGACAAUGGAAAGAUUUCUUACCAUUUCAACCAUAAAACAUCUCGAAAUAUCCAGAAAUAUUUUGUAUUGAAUAAGGAAACUGGAGAUUUAUUUUUACAUGAUAAUUUUCAGUUUAGUAAAAAGCAAUCAUAUAAAUUAUUUAUUGAAGCACAGGAUGAAGGGAGUCCACCCUUAAGUUCUGUAACCAAAGUUCAGAUUCACAUUAUUAAUAACCAGAAUAGUGCUCCAUUGAUUAACAUAGAUUUUGUAUCUCCUUUAUCAGAGAGCUCAGCAGCAGUUUCAGAAGACAGUGAAGUAGAUAGUUUUAUAGCUUAUGUUAUGGUCACUGACACUGAUAGUGGACCUAAUGGUGAGGUUAUCUGUGAUUUAAAACAUGAUAAGUUUAAACUUGCCAAAAUAGAUUCUAAAGAAUAUAAAAUGAUUGUUAAGGGCCAUCUUGACAGAGAAAUAAGGGACCACUAUAAAGUAUCUAUUGUGUGUCAUGACAUGGGGUCACCUCAACUAGAAAGUAAAAAAUAUUUCUCUGUCAAAGUAACUGAUGUCAAUGAUGUAGAACCACAUUUUACCAAAGAGACAUUCCAAUUCCUCACCUAUGAAAACCAGAAAGUUGACUUCCCUAUUGGCUUCAUCAAUGCUACAGACCCUGAUCUUGGAGAUGGAGGCCAACUUACAUAUUCUAUCAUCAAUGAUAACAACAAUGAUAAUAUUCCUUUCCAACUGACAAAAUAUGGAUUCAUUUCUACAUCACAACCAAUAGAUCGAGAAAUGAAAGACAUCUAUAAGUUCCAGGUUUUAGUGAAAGAUAAUGGAACACCUUCUCUCAAUGACACUGCCAAUAUUGUUAUUGAGAUUCUAGAUAAAAAUGAUAAUGCUCCGUAUUUUACGUUUCCUAAUAAUGACCCUUACAAUCUCGAUGUCCACUACCAUCCACACAGUAAGAAGGACAUCACAAUUCUGAGAGCAUCUGACAAAGACACUGGAAACAAUGCUUUCCUCACAUAUGGAAUACUGAGAUCCAAUGAUAAAAACCUGUUUACAGUGAACUCACACACUGGUGUGUUAUCUUUCUCUCGCACAGUUUACCAAAAUGAUGCAGGAACAUAUGAGCUGCAGUUUAUAGUGAAAGACGGUGGUACUCCAGUUCAAUCAGCAACAACUGCUAUCAUACUAACACUGUUUGUUAGUAAUGAUACAUCUCCAAUGUUGACUGCUGUGCCAUUCCAGUCUGGUCACGACCUGAAUAUGACUUGGGUAAUUAUCAUUGUAGCAGCAGCUGUAAUACUAUCUGUGGCUAUUGUAGUGUCCAUAACACUGUGUGUUUUCAGAUGUAUUAAUCACACAAAUAACUCACCCACAACAGCAGAGAAUCCCAACUUUCUCUCUCAGACUGAGAUGAGACAAUUACUGUAUCAGACUAACAAUCCUGUUGCAAUAACGAGAAAUGCAGAAGAGAUAUUUAACCGAAAUCUUCAGACAAUAAAAUCUAAAAGUCAGUUUUUUCUGGAGAUGGAACAGACACCAGAUGAGUGGAAAUUCUCAACAACACAAAGGAGACUUCCACCUGUGCCUCAGAGAUGUGAUUCAAUCCAUAGUCAAGAACGUCGUACCAGUUCCAUCAUGUCUUACAACAGUGACACCUUAACAUCCCAAAAGGACAGAGAAGCUAGCAAGAGUAAUGGCAAGACUAAACCAUAUGAUGAGAUACCUGCAGAACCAGAAUAUACCAAUGACAAUCCACAACUGUCACACUAUUAUAUCAGCAGUUACACAGGAACAGCAGCAGCAGCUGCAGUAACACAGGAACACUACUACAACAGCAGCAGUACCACUAUAAUACCACUACAGCAGCAGCAGCAGUUGGAGUGGAACACUACAGCAGGAUACACAUCAUCCAUCACACACAACUACAGUGAAGGAUUAAACAAUGCAGAUAUUACAUACCAUGUCAAGGAAGAAGGCAGACCUCACACCUAUAUAGGAGACAUUGCUGUUGACUCCAACUUAUCACACCCUCUCACACAUCAACAACACACUCUCAUUACAUUUACACAACUACAAAGGACAGUCGAGAGUGGUUCUCACUUAUUUAAUGUCACCAACUCAGGAAAACUCUACACUACUCAAACACUGGAUGCUGAGUCUCUGUGUACAUACAACAAGGAAUGUUCCAGAAUAGUUAAAGUAGCAGUGAGGAAAGGAAAAACUUUUAUGAAGAUUCUAAAGAUAAAAAUAUUCAUAGAAGAUGUCAAUGACCAUUCACCAGAAUUUCCAAAGAAUGAAGUUAAAAUUGAAUUUCUUGAAAGAGAUAGAAAAGGAGAUAAAAUCCCACUUCUAAAUGCUAUAGAUCAAGAUAUUUCAAUAAAGAAUUCUCAAAUUACUUAUAUGAUCAAGAAAAGUAAAAGAGAACCAUUUUCUCUCUCAAUCAAAAUAAGACAUGAUGGUGUCUCCAUACCUGAAUUAAUAUUGGAAGAUAAAUUGGACAGGGAACUCAAAGACAAAUAUAUAUUGACCUUGGAAGCUAAAGAUGGAGGGAACCCUCCCAAAACAGCUACACUCAAGGUACAUGUAUCUGUUAUAGAUGUCAAUGAUAACACACCUGUAUUUUCUCAGAAACUCUACAACAUCUCUAAUAGUGCUCCAUUGAUAAAUAUAGAUUUUGUAUCUCCUUUAUCAGAGAGUUCCACAGCAGUUUCAGAAGACAGUGAAGUAGAUAGUUUUAUAGCUUAUGUUAUGGUCACUGACAAUGAUAGUGGACCUAAUGAUUCUAAAGAAUAUAAAAUGAUUGUUAAGGGCCCUCUUGACAGAGAAAUAAGGGACCACUAUAAAGCAUCUAUUGUGUGUCAUGACAUGGGGUCACCUCAACUAGAAAGUAAAAAAUAUUUCUCAGUCAAAGUAACUGAUGUCAAUGAUGUAGAACCACAUUUCACCAAAGAGACAUUCCAAUUCCUCACCUAUGAAAACCAGAAAGUUGACUUCCCUAUUGGCUUCAUCAAUGCUACAGACCCUGAUCUUGGAGAUGGAGGCCAACUUACAUAUUCUAUCAUCAAUGAUAACAACAAUAACAUUCCUUUCCAACUGACAAAAUAUGGAUUUAUUUCUACAUCACAAUCAAUAGAUCGAGAAAUGAAAGACAUCUAUAAGUUCAAGGUUUUAGUGAAAGAUAAUGGAACACCUUCUCUCAAUGACACUGCCAAUAUUGUUAUUGAGAUUCUAGAUAAAAAUGAUAAUGCUCCGUAUUUUACGUUUCCUAAUAAUGACCCUUACAAUCUAGAUGUCCACUACCAUCCACACAUGAACUCACACACUGGUGUGUUAUCUUUCUCUCGCACAGUUUACCAAAAUGAUGCAGGAACAUAUGAGCUGCAGUUUAUAGUGAAAGACGGUGGUACUCCAGUUCAAUCAGCAACAACUGCUAUCAUACUAACACUGUUUGUUAGUAAUGAUACAUCUCCAAUGUUGACUGCUGUGCCAUUCCAGUCUGGUCACGACUUGAAUAUGACUUGGACUGAGAUGAGACAAUUACUGUAUCAGACUAACAAUCCUGUUGCAAUAACGAGAAAUGCAGAAGAGAUAUUUAACCGAAAUCUUCAGACAAUAAAAUCUAAAAGUCAGUUUUUUCUGGAGAUGGAACAGACACCAGAUGAGUGGAAAUUCUCAACAACACAAAGGAGACUUCCACCUGUGCCUCAGAGAUGUGAUUCAAUCCAUAGUCAAGAACGUCGUACCAGUUCCAUCAUGUCUUACAACAGUGACACCUUAACAUCCCAAAAGGACAGAGAAGCUAGCAAGAGUAAUGGCAAGACUAAACCAUAUGAUGAGAUACCUGCAGAACCAGAAUAUACCAAUGACAAUCCUGUUGCAGCCACAAUACUAAAGGGACAACAAAUACAAGAUACCUAUCUACAGCCAACAUAUGAAAGACAGGAUAUUACAUACCAUGUCAAGGAAGAAGACAGACCUCACACCUAUAUAGGGGACAUUGCUGUUGACUCCAACUUAUCACACCCUCUCACACAUCAACAACACACUCUCAUUACAUUUACACAACUACAAAGGACAGUCGAGAGUGGUUCUCACUUAUUUAAUGUCACCAACUCAGGAAAACUAUAUACUACUCAAACACUGGAUGCUGAGUCUCUGUGUACAUACAACAAGGAAUGUUCCAGAAUAGUUAAAGUAGCAGUGAGGAAAGGAAAAACUUUUAUGAAAAUUCUUAAAAUAAAAAUAUUGAUACAGGAUAUCAAUGACCAUUCACCAGAAUUUCCACAGAAUGAAGUUGAAAUUGAAUUUCUAGAAAGAGAUACUAAAGGAGAUAAAAUAACCCUUCCAAAUGCCAUUGAUGAAGAUAUUUCAACAAAGAAUUCCCAAAUUACAUAUAUGAUAAACAAAAGUAGGAGAGAACCAUUUUCUCUCUCUGUCACAAAACAGGAUGGUAUUUUCAUACCUACUCUGACUUUGCAAGAAAAAUUAGACAGGGAAGUACAAGACUCAUAUAUGUUAACCCUGGAAGCUAAAGAUGGAGGGAACCCUCCCAAAACAGCUACACUCAAGGUACACAUAUCUGUUAUAGAUGUCAAUGAUAAUACACCUGUAUUUUCUCAGAAACACUACAACAUCUCUGUAAGUAAUUCACAUCAAAGACAUUUACCAAUUCUUACUUUAAAAGCCACAGAUAAAGAUUCUGGAGACAAUGGAAAGAUUUCUUACCAUUUCAACCAUAAAACAUCUCGAAAUGUCCAGAAAUAUUUUGUAAUAAAUAAGAACACCGGAGAUUUAUUUUUACAUGACAAUUUUCAUUUUAGUAAAAAGCAGUCUUAUAAGUUAUUUAUAGAAGCUAGAGAUGGAGGAAAUCCACCUUUAAAAUCAGUCACAAAAGUCCAGAUUUACCUUAUUAAUAACCAAAAUACUGCUCCAUUGAUAAACAUAGAUUUCGUAUCUCCUUUAUCAGAGAGUUCAGCAGCAGUUUCUGAAGACAGUGAAGUAGAUAGUUUUAUAGCUUAUGUUAUGGUCACUGACAAUGAUAGUGGACCUAAUGGUGAGGUUAUCUGUGAUUUAAAACAUGAUAAAUUUAAACUUGCCAAAAUAGAUUCUAAAGAAUAUAAAAUGAUUGUUAAGGGCCCUCUUGACAGAGAAAUAAGGGACCACUAUAAAGUAUCUAUUGUGUGUCAUGACAUGGGGUCACCUCAACUAGAAGGUAAAAAAUAUUUCUCUGUCAAAGUAACUGAUGUCAAUGAUGUAGAACCACAUUUCACCAAAGAGACAUUCCAAUUCCUCACCUAUGAAAACCAGAAAGUUGACUUCCCUAUUGGCUUCAUCAAUGCUACAGACCCUGAUCUUGGAGAUGGAGGCCAACUUACAUAUUCUAUCAUCAAUGAUAACAACAAUGAUAACAUUCCUUUCCAACUGACCAAAUAUGGAUUUAUUUCUACAUCACAACCAAUAGAUCGAGAAAUGAAAGACAUCUAUAAGUUCAAGGUUUUAGUGAAAGAUAAUGGAACACCUUCUCUCAAUGACACUGCCAAUAUUGUUAUUGAGAUUCUAGAUAAAAAUGAUAAUGCUCCGUAUUUUACGUUUCCUAAUAAUGACCCUUACAAUCUCGAUGUCCACUACCAUCCACACAGUAAGAAGGACAUCACAAUUCUGAGAGCAUCUGACAAAGACACUGGAAACAAUGCUUUCCUCACAUAUGGAAUACUGAGAUCCAAUGAUAAAAACCUGUUUACUGUGAACUCACACACUGGUGUGUUAUCUUUCUCUCGCACAGUUUACCAAAAUGAUGCAGGAACAUAUGAGCUGCAGUUAUAUAAUGAUACAUCUCCAAUGUUGACUGCUGUGCCAUUCCAGUCUGGUCACGACCUGAAUAUGACUUGGGUAAUUAUCAUUGUAGCAGCAGCUGUAAUACUAUCUGUGGCUAUUGUAGUGUCAAUAACACUGUGUGUUUUCAGAUGUAUUAAUCACACAAAUAACUCACCCACAACAGCAGAGAAUCCCAACUUUCUCUCUCAGACUGAGAUGAGACAAUUACUGUAUCAGACUAACAAUCCUGUUGCAAUAACGAGAAAUGCAGAAGAGAUAUUUAACCGAAAUCUUCAGACAAUAAAAUCUAAAAGUCAGUUUUUUCUGGAGAUGGAACAGACACCAGAUGAGUGGAAAUUCUCAACAACACAAAGGAGACUUCCACCUGUGCCUCAGAGAUGUGAUUCAAUCCAUAGUCAAGAACGUCGCACCAGUUCCAUCAUGUCUUACAACAGUGACACCUUAACAUCCCGAAAGGACAUAGAAGCUAGCAAGAGUAAUGGCAAGACUAAACCAUAUGAUGAGAUACCUGCAGAACCAGAAUAUACCAAUGACAAUCCAGUUGCAGCCACAAUACUAAAGGGACAACAAAUACAAGAUACCUAUCUACAGCCAACAUAUGAAAGACAAGAGUUCAUGAAUGUUAUACUGGACCAUUUGAAUAAAAGUUUUGGACAUUUGAUGUUACUUACAUAUAUUCCAUUACAGAUUGGCACAUCAGAAAUAUCAUUUUUAAUUCUUCAAAUUCCAGACAUGACAGCAUAUAUUGGUCUACUGUGUCUUCUACAUUUACUGAUCACCCUUGUACUGUCCAUAGAUAUUACAUACCAUGUCAAGGAAGAAGACAGGCCUCACACCUAUAUAGGAGACAUUGCUGUUGACUCCAACUUAUCACACCCUCUCACACAUCAACAACACACUCUCAUUACAUUUACACAACUACAAAGGACAGUCGAGAGUGGUUCUCACUUAUUUAAUGUCACCAACUCAGGAAAACUAUACACUACUCAAACACUGGAUGCUGAGUCUCUGUGUACAUACAACAGGGAAUGUUCCAGAAUAGUUAAAGUAGCAGUGAGGAAAGGAAAAACAUUUUUGAAAAUUCUGAAGAUAAAAAUAUUGAUAGAAGACAUUAAUGACCAUUCACCAGAGUUUCCUUAUCAGAAAGUUGACAUAGAAUUUAGUGAAACUGAAUCAAAAGGUCUAACAAAAACAAUUCCAAAUGCUAUUGAUGAAGAUAUUUCAAUACAAAAUUCUCAGAUUACAUACUUGAUUAAGAAAACUAAAAGAGAACCAUUUUCUCUCUCUGUCACAAAGCGACAUGAUGGUGUCUAUAUUCCAGGACUGGUUCUAGAGGACAAAUUAGACAGAGAACUCAAAGACUCAUAUAUGUUGACUUUAGUAGCUAAAGAUGGAGGGUACCCUCCCAAAACAGCUACACUCAAGGUACACAUAUCUGUGACAGAUGUCAAUGAUAAUGCACCUGUAUUUUCUCAGAAACUCUACAACAUUUCCAUAAGCGAUUCACAUCAAAGACAUUUACCAAUUCUUACUUUAAAGGCCACAGAUCAAGAUUCUGGAGACAAUGGAAAGAUUUCUUAUCAUUUCAACCAUAAAACAUCUCGAAAUAUCCAGAAAUAUUUUGUAUUAGAUAAGAAAACAGGUGAUUUAUUUUUACAUGAUAAUUUUCAUUUCAGUAAAAAGCAAUCAUAUAAGUUAUUUAUAGAAGCAAGAGAUGGAGGAAAACCUCCCCUUAGUUCUGUAACCAAAGUCCAGAUUCACAUUAUUAAUAACCAAAAUACUGCUCCAUUGAUAAACAUAGAUUUUGUAUCUCCUUUGUCAGAGAGCUCAGCAGCAGUUUCAGAAGACAGUGAAGUAGAUAGUUUUAUAGCUUAUGUUAUGGUCACUGACACUGAUAGUGGACCUAAUGGUGAGGUUAUCUGUGAUUUAAAACAUGAUAAAUUUAAACUUGCCAAAAUAGAUUCUAAAGAAUAUAAAAUGAUUGUUAAGGGUCAUCUUGACAGAGAAAUAAGGGACCACUAUAAAGUAUCUAUUAUGUGUCAUGACAUGGGGUCACCUCAACUAGAAAGUAAAAAAUAUUUCUCUGUCAAAGUAACUGAUGUCAAUGAUGUAGAACCACAUUUCACCAAAGAGACAUUCCAAUUCCUCACCUAUGAAAACCAGAAAGUUGACUUCCCUAUUGGCUUCAUCAAUGCUACAGACCCUGAUCUUGGAGAUGGAGGCCAACUUACAUAUUCUAUCAUCAAUGAUAACAACAAUGAUAACAUUCCUUUCCAACUGACAAAAUAUGGAUUUAUUUCUACAUCACAAUCAAUAGAUCGAGAAAUGAAAGACAUCUAUAAGUUCCAGGUUUUAGUGAAAGAUAAGGGAACACCUUCUCUCAAUGACACUGCCAAUAUUGUUAUUGAGAUUCUAGAUAAAAAUGAUAAUGCUCCGUAUUUUACGUUUCCUAAUAAUGACCCUUACAAUCUAGAUGUCCACUACCAUCCACACAGUAAGAAGGACAUCACAAUUCUGAGAGCAUCUGACAAAGACACUGGAAACAAUGCUUUCCUCACAUAUGGAAUACUGAGAUCCAAUGAUAAAAACCUGUUUACUGUGAACUCACACACUGGUGUGUUAUCUUUCUCUCGCACAGUUUACCAAAAUGAUGCAGGAACAUAUGAGCUGCAGUUUAUAGUGAAAGACGGUGGUACUCCAGUUCAAUCAGCAACAACUGCUAUCAUACUAACACUGUUUGUUAGUAAUGAUACAUCUCCAAUGUUGACUGCUGUGCCAUUCCAGUCUGGUCACGACCUGAAUAUGACUUGGGUAAUUAUCAUUGUAGCAGCAGCUGUAAUACUAUCUGUGGCUAUUGUAGUGUCCAUAACACUGUGUGUUUUCAGAUGUAUUAAUCACACAAAUAACUCACCCACAACAGCAGAGAAUCCCAACUUUCUCUCUCAGACUGAGAUGAGACAAUUACUGUAUCAGACUAACAAUCCUGUUGCAAUAACGAGAAAUGCAGAAGAGAUAUUUAACCGAAAUCUUCAGACAAUAAAAUCUAAAAGUCAGUUUUUUCUGGAGAUGGAACAGACACCAGAGGAGUGGAAAUUCUCAACAACACAAAGGAGACUUCCACCUGUGCCUCAGAGAUGUGAUUCAAUCCAUAGUCAAGAACGUCGCACCAGUUCCAUCAUGUCUUACAACAGUGACACCUUAACAUCCCAAAAGGACAGAGAAGCUAGCAAGAGUAAUGGCAAGACUAAACCAUAUGAUGAGAUACCUGCAGAACCAGAAUAUACCAAUGACAAUCCAGUGGCAGCCACAAUACUAAAGGGACAACAAAUACAAGAUACCUAUCUACAGCCAACAUAGUAGAUGUUCCAUGACUAUUGUUAAAUGAUUCUCUCACACACCAAAUCUUAUACAAUACUAUAUAUACAGAUAAAAAUAUCAACUCUAUGUUUCUUUCACACAUCACACACGUAAGGGGCCUUACAGUUGCAUCACUUAUGACUCCUAAUUUCC